AUGAGCCAGGCUACAUUCAACAUUCAACCCGUGAACCGCUUCGGCGGGCAGGGUACUACAAUUCGGCGGCCCAGGGAAGUAACAUGUUUCUCAUACGACCGUGAUCGCCAAUUCAUGUUGGGAGAAAGUUCACUGGCCUACUAUUACCCGCCAAGUCUUCCAGCAGAUCUGAACAUCGGCUUUGAGACCUUUCAAAAGCUCAACGAUGCUGCGGAUGAGCAUUUGGAUGCUUUACUCGAUACUAUCGUUGCUCUUGAGAGGGAUACGGAGAAGAAAUGCGAAACUGAUAUUAUUACCUGGCGAGGGAUGAUGACGAAGAUCAUGGCUGCUCCUUUCAAUAUGUCAGAUGGUUUCGAGAUGAACGCGACAUGUUUCCAGGGUACAAUAUUCAUCGAAGAAAAUAAUUCAUACAAAAACGAGCAAAAAGAGAAACAGAAAGCUCAAAGGAUGCCCCCGGGAAUGGCAUCUCAGGAGCGCAUGAUGUACUGGGGUUACAAGUUCGAAGUUCUUUCUGUUUUACACAAGCCUUGGGAUCCUACGACGCGCGCCGAGAUCGAAGGUCGCCAGGAUGAAGUUGUGAAUAAUAGUGCGCAGUAUUGCUCGGUGGUUAAGACGGGUAUGGGGAAUGUACGCAUGAUCCUUGGGGGUGAAGUUGAUGCUGUAUGGGACUGCAAACCAGAAAGAAAAGAAGACCCAAUCCACUGGGUUGAGCUAAAGACGUCGGCGGAAAUCCGCAAUGAGCGCGACAUGCUAAAGUAUGAGCGAAAGUUACUCAAGUUCUGGGCACAGUCUUUCUUACUCGGGGUGCCGACGAUUAUUGUUGGUUUUCGCGAUCAGGAUGGUAUUGUUCGUCGUCUGGAAGAACUUGAUACGGCCAGUAUCCCUGGUAAAGUCAAGAAGCUUGGACGAGGCUCUUGGGAUGGUAAUAUCUGUAUCAAUUUUGCUGCACAAUUUCUUGAAUGGUUGAAACACACUAUUCAGCAGGAUGGGACUUGGAGAAUACGGAAGCAAGAGAAAUCAUCGGUCAUCGAGGUGUUCAAGGUUGAAGAGUCAGGUCAUGGCGAUAUUCUCUCCUCUACAUUCAGAGACUGGCGGUCACAAGCUCAGGUUUAA